UCUGUUGCCGUCGUUGGCGCCACCGUCCGCUCAGCCUCUUCACUCGCGUGGUGGCUAACAGUUGGCAAGAUGGCAAUUCGACCACUUAAAAAACCCAAGAUUGUUAAGAAGCGCGUAAAGAAAUUUAUCCGUCACCAAAGUGAUCGCUAUGUCAAGCUCAGGCCCAACUGGAGAAAACCCAAAGGUAUUGACAACCGUGUCAGGCGUCGUUUCAGAGGCCAAUACCUUAUGCCCAAUGUUGGUUAUGGUUCGGCUGCAAAGACCAAGCACAUGCUACCUAAUGGCUUCAGGAAGGUUCUUGUUCAUAAUGUUCGUGAACUUGAGGUGUUGAUGAUGCAAAAUCGCACCUUCUGUGCAGAAAUUGCCCACGGUGUUUCAUCCCGUAAGCGCAAGGAUAUUGUGGAAAGGGCAAACCAACUAUCUAUUCGCCUGACCAAUGGCUCGGCAAGACUGCGCACUGAGGAAUCCACCUAAGCUAAUAAACUGUGGUUAUAA